GGAGUUGUGCUCCGCGCUGGCUAUCUGUCGCUUUAAGAGCGAUUUCCCCCCAUUGUCAAGUAGUCGUGAGCAGGAAGGGUGAAACGAAACCAGAGACCGAGCUAGGGGGCCGAGCUGGUAUUUAAAAACACGACGCAGCCGCUCAAUAACGGAACCGCGGUAAUGUUCAUUCUCAGGACAGAGCGCGUCAGGAGAAGAAGGGAAUAGAAAUACGAACUGAAGAGGAAGGGGAGACUCAGUCAAGCAACCUUUGAUGAUUUUAAUUCUUCUAGGCUUUGAAGACAUAUACACAGUCGCAAUGGAAUAAAACAAAACAUCCACUUAUGAAAGACGAAGGCUACACCGAAUUUCACCGCGGUUUCUCAAUUGCCUGAGGAAAUGUACAGAAUAGCCUCCAUCAUUGAAAAUGCGUCACAUGUCAGGAUGAUCUUCGUUGGACAUAGACUGCUGAUGGAAAUGAUGUCAUAUAAAAUGAAGGCAAAUUCCGCGCGCAACUGACGUCUAGGGCUUCAUUAUAUCAGAGCAGGUGCSGUGUGUGUGUCCCUGCGACAUUUACCGUUAUACGCGUGUUCUGAAGAUUUAACUGUGAACGUGGCGUGGGCCUGCAAGUCUGAUCACAGAGAAGAGAACCGGGAUCUAUAACAACUUGAUGUCAACCUGAGAAAUAAAACAUACUGGGAAAAUGUCAUCUGCAAUUGAAAGGAAGACGAUGGAGGCUAACGAGGAGCCGGUGGACGAGGUGUUACAGAUGCCCCCGUCCCUCCUGAACUGUGGGGGGUGCCAGCAGAGCAUCGGGGACAGGUUCUUCCUGAAAGCCAUUGAGAAGUACUGGCACGAGGACUGUCUGAGCUGUGACCUGUGUGGCUGCAGACUGGGAGAGGUGGGACGAAGACUCUACUACAAACUGGGACGCAAGCUCUGCCGCAGAGACUACCUCAGGCUGUUUGGACAGGACGGGCUGUGUGCUAGCUGUGAGAAGAGGAUCAGAGCGUUUGAGAUGACCAUGCGUGUGAGGGACAAGGUCUACCACCUGGAGUGUUUUAAAUGCGCGGCCUGCCAGAAACACUUCUGUGUCGGGGACCGUUACUUGCUCAUCAACUCAGACAUUGUGUGUGAGCAGGACAUCUUUGAGUGGACCAAACUCAACAACAA